UGACAACCCAACGCAAAAACUCCUUCCUCUUCUUUUUGUUGAAAUUCGAAACACUGCCACUCACGUAUCCACAUUCCCAACGGCGGUCGUAACAAACAGCGAUUCCGCCCUCCGGCUGGGCAGCUUCCGGUUUAUUUCCGACAAACAUUUCGGACAUGUCCUGUCCGUCACUCGUUUGGCAGAAGUUCGCAGGUUUUUAAUAACUUCCUUCCCCCGAAAGGUGAUCUUCGUAAACGGUUCUAAAGGCCGAUAUUCGCCUUGUUUCGGCUUUGCAACUCAAAUUCCCCCAUGUGCUGGUCACUGCUCUCGGUCAAAUUUCACCACCUCUUUUGACUCCCCCCUUCCAAGCAUUAUCUUUUGACGAUUCGUUAGCCGCGCUCCACCAAAAGUUUUGCUUUGGAAGCCUCAAUACGGCUCGAAGGAGGUCAUCAACCGGCGCAAAGGAAGAGGAUCAGCGAUCAGUCGCUUGUCGACAACAUUAUUAAACGUUACGAUUGUCAUAUCAAGUCCCGGACUCACAUAUAGAUUGUCUCUUUGAGUCCGAACGACAGACUUCCUCACCGUCGCUGGUGGCCAAUUCUUUUCGCGCGGUAACAAAGAAAGUACUGUGAACGUCCGCUAUCUAGCGACCUUGCGACGACGACCAAAGUCAAUCUUUCGAAAACCACAACGCCAAAAGAUUCCAGGAGUGAUCAUCAUUAAUUCCUUAUUACUGGUGAUUCAAGUGGUAUUCUAAAUUUUUUAUAAUUAUCUGCCCUCCUAUUCGUGGCAGAAGGACGAGUGAAAAGAGUGGCAGCCAACUCGCCGACCUUUCCCCCACUUCCCCCGCCGGCUCGGGACUUUUGUUUACUUCAUCAGAUAACACCUCGGUUCAGCGCUAUUUAACCAACGACGUAUAUAUUGUUGGUCCUAUCCACUGUGCGGCUAGUUUCUCUUGUUCAUUACAGCUAUAAAGGACUUAAGUCGUCGACCCUGUGUAUAGCCGGAAAAUGAGCCCCUACAUCCAUCCAUCCGAAGCAAGGGCCCCCGGGGAGUCUGUCAGAUGUACCACACGGCUACCCCCCAUUCUGGCGUCCAUCGGAACCGUCCUGAUUGAUGCAUUCGACAGUUUGCCUCGACCUAUUGUGGACGAUAGCCAGGCUUCUUCUCGGCCAGCGUCCCCAGUCAUCGACGAGCGGGCGCCUCAACCACAGGGGCAUCUUCAACACUUAGUUAUUCCCGCCCGUCGCCUUCGGCUCUCCCCUCCCCUGUCGUCCCCGGCAACUUCCGGAACCUCGGGCCCUUCGACUCCCCAGAUGACCCUCGAUGAUAUCCCUGUUCCGAAUGCGGAAGAAGUUUAUGAAAUGCUAGGCGGUGGUGCUCUGUAUGCAAUCGUCGGGGCGAGAUUCUGGCUUCCUCCUUGCCAAUUACGAACUCUUGUCGAUCGAGCCCCGGCUGAAAAUGAUGACUGCCCAAAAGAUGUGGAGCAAAAGCUGGCGAAAUUGGGUAAUGAAAUAUGGGUUUGGAAUAGAGGUGAGGGAACGAGAAUGACAAGAGCAAGAAUACGGUAUGAGGGCGAUGUCCGAUAUUUCCAACCCGUUGUGAAGGCUCCAUAUCGGACAAUACAGGAGCUUUCUACUUCACCUCUUCUCUAUGCUGAAUAUCUUCACAUUUCCCCUCCAUACUCUCCAGAAAAUGUGGCUGUUAUCGUCUCUGAUCUGAAAGCUUUGCCGAAAGAUAGCUGGCGACCUAAGAUUGUCUUUGAGCCUACCCCCCCUUCAUGCCAUCCUGGCCAGAAGGACUGGCUCGAACACAUUCUUCCCGAUAUCGAAGUACUCUCCCCCAAUCACGAAGAGCUCUUUUCUUUCUACUCUAUCCCUACCAUGGCGACCUCUUCUAUCUCGCUGCGUCCAACAGUUGAACGCCUGGUGACCCAUAUUCUGCACGAUGUCGGCAUUGGCGCGAAUGGACAAGGUAUAGUGGUCGUCAGGUGUGGUCGGCUCGGAGCAUGUGUAGGCACCAAGAAAGGCGGAUUAAAAUGGUGUCCGGCUUAUUGGGAAGGUGAUGAUGUGAAGAAUGUAAAAGAUGUGACUGGAGCUGGCAACUCUUUCCUGGGAGGUUAUGUAGCAGGCCUUUCCCUAACUAAUGACCCUUAUGAAGCUCUUUUAUACGCCACCAUUUCAUCCUCCUUCGUUGUAGAGCAGUUCGGACUGCCACGUCUAAUGGAUUGCACCGAUCCUCUGACGGGCGAAGAAAUUUGGAAUGCCGACACACCCUCUCGUCGAUUGAAGGAACUGAAACGACGCUUGGGUCUACUAUAAUGUUUUCCCUACAUAUACACAUCAUGCGAGAUCGGUUCAGGACAUUUCUCUGCCACUUUUUUAGGAUACCGUUCAUUAGGUGUAUACCGUGAUAAGCCUCGUGGUAUCAUUAUAGUUUGAUUAAUAGAAUAUGUCAUAGCAAUACAACUGUAACAUCCACAAAAUAUGCAUGUCAACGUAUGUCAAAC